UUUGUUGAGGUGACCCAUUGGAAGAGAUAACAGUGAGGUAGGGUUUUGGUGCAAAUUCUGAAGCAAGACAUUGUAUGGAGACAUCUUUGAGAUAUGGAGGAGAUUCUACAUCCCUCAAAAUUCAUGCCAAGGAAAAAUUCCCUCUCGAUUCUAAGACUCACCUUCAGGUUCAUGGAGAACUAGAUACAAGAACUGGUGCCCCUAGUCAUGUUAGUGCAAUGAUCAGACGCUUCUAUCCAGAUUUCUCGGCUAGCCUUGGAGUGGGAGUGCAGUAUGAUAAACGCGAUAAGCUCAAUUACAGAAUUCGUGGGAAAAAGGCAUUUCCUAUCACUAGUAAUGCUCUUUUAACCCUUAAUCUUAAGGGAUGGUGCAACAUUGAUAAAGACUUUAAAGAGAGGAAGUCAACAGGCGCUGCAGAAUUUUCUUGGAGCAUAUUCAAUUUCCGGAAAGACCAGGAUGUUAGGUUUAAAAUUGGAUAUCAAGUGACUGAGAAGGGAGAGAUAGAGCAGCAGGUAAGAGGAAAAGGAAAACCACGAGGAGACAACAUUCAAAUGAUUAAUUCGGUGCCAUAUAUGCAAAUUAGGGAAAAUAACUGGACGCUAAAUGCGGACUUGAAGGGUAGAUGGAAUGUAAGAUUCGAUUUGUGAGUAGAGUUGAGAUCUUUUGGAGGCAUGAUGUAGGAGAUAUGACAUGAGCGAAGAUAUCAGUCUACCUGGUUGAUUUUGCUAGAGAAUAUGCUCAUGUUUGUAUCACACAGGAAUUAUAAUUUGCAUAUUAGUGUUAUAAACCUUGUGAUUCUUCCUCAAAUAAUGAUACACAUUUUAGAGAAGGGAGGAAAUUGAGUAUUUAUUUA